AUGGAAAAGCUGGCGGAAUCGCUAGUGGCCACGUGUAGUCCCACCACUCCUUUUCCGAUUACGUCUCCACAAUAUGAAGGUGCUGGGUCCAUCUAUGCAUUUUUAACUCGCGAGCGACGCGACUAUCACGACUUACUGUGCACAGUCGAUGCCAGUGCCUACAGCUAUGCAAACGACACUUGCGCUUCAGACUGUCAAGAUUACAAGCAUCCUGCAGACAGGUUUUGCUGCGAACCACCUGGAAGCCUGGUCUCAGAGAAGACGUCACCAGCGGGGGUGGACAAGGCUGCGGUGGACGCUGAAGACUCACCGGAGAAUCGAUUUCUGCCGACAAGGAGGGACUGUCGCCUUAUCGCCGCCAGGGUUGGUGGCACUGGCGGUCAUCAUGCCGUACGGGCUGUUUAG